CCUUAACAUUUAUGCGUCUGAUAAAGCAGUUGCUGCUUUUUUAUGUAAAAAUGGUCUAACUAAAUUCAUGUAUAUAUAUUUUUAUAAAACAUAAGUUGUACUUGAUAGAGUGCUUAAUCAGGUUUAAAUAAGAGGGGGAAUCAGUAUAUAACUGAGUGUGAUUCAUACGCGUUACAUAUCCUAGACAUAAGAUUUGCAGUGUUUAUUUUGAAUGUGUAACUCUGGAUACAGUCACCUAAAAAUAGGAAAACGUUCUUUUACAACAAGUUUGUUUUUAAAGCAAGGGGGAAAAAUGUAUAUUUACUAUUUCUUUAUAAUCUUUUAUGCUAGUGUUUACUACUAAGACGUAAAGAUAAAAUGUUAUUUGCUAAUCUAGAAGUGUGUAUAAGGUUGUAAAUUGUAAUUCUCCCCAAGUAGGAAUAUGUACUAGUUAAUAUAUGCUUUACGCAUGCAAGUGUGGACCCCCUUAUACUUGAGAACAGAAUUUGCUAUGAAGGCAGAGUAAGAAGAAGGAUUUUGCAUCUAGCAAUGCAAGUUUGGUAUUUUACCUUUUCACAAUUAACAUAUAAACCAAGAUUCCCAGUUCAUGGGUAAUAUUUGCUAUAUGGCAAUUGAAGUUUCUAAUCAUAUAAACAGUAGGGAAAUCAUAGUCUCACAAAAUUUGAAUAUAUUCUUAACAGGAUCAAAUGCUUUAAAGUUGGGAAAGGAAUUAAACGAAGAUACUAAAACCCCAUUGUAAAUAGAGAUAAAGAACCCAAAUUGUUUAUGUGCUUCAUGUUCUGAAGCCAAACUGCUCUCUUUUCACCACAACACAGAGCAAAACAGAGAGAAAGCAGAGCAGUGGGAAAAAGAAUGUUUUAGUCCCUCAAGACUGAUUGAUUCAUGCUCUAUGCCUACGGCUUUCAAGAGAAAACUCGACCUCCAUCGGCGGCAGGGCCGAACGAACCCCUUGAUCUGGCUAGCAGCGAUCCUAUGCACCAUCAUAGCCAUAGCAGUUGUGAUUGCAGGGAUAGUAGUUUUCAUUGCAUACUUGGUCAUCCAUCCAAGAGUACCUGUGAUCAGCAUCACCAAUGCUCAUUUAGACCUUCUCCGGAACGACUACGCCGGCCUCCUCCAGACACAGCUCACAGUCAUUGUGAGGGCUCACAAUGGCAAUGCCAAGGCUCAUGCUACUUUCUCUGACAUAAGCUUCAACAUCAGCUUCCAAGGCCAAGGCAUAGCCGUGCUCGUUGCGGAUUCUUUGGAGGUUCCUAAGAAUAGUACUAAGGAUCUUAACUAUGUUAUUCAGUCUUCUUCCAUUCCUUUGACUCCUGAUCAAAUGGAGAAAGUGGAUGAUUCUUGGAAGAAGAAUGAGAUUGCCUUCGAUUUCAAGGGAAAUGCAAGGACUCGGUGGAGGAUAGGGCCUGUAGGAUCUGUUAAGUUCUUGUGCCGCUUGAACUGUCAACUCAAGUUCCAUCCUUUGAAUGGCAGCUAUAUUCCAAAUAGGUGCACCUCAAAAUCAAAAUGAAUCUCUUCUUAUUCUCCUCCUUCUUUCAUAAUUCAACUUACAUAUUCUUAUUUUUCUUGCCUAUGUAGAUAUUAUUUCAGCUAAUAAAAUUCAGUAUCUAUUCUUAGAUUCUUUGCUUUUCAAGUAGAUUGUCAUGUCUUAAUAUUUCUUCAUGUGUAACUCAGCAAACAUGUCUCAGUGUUUCAUAAUAUAUUUCCGGCAU